AUGAUUGAGGAGAACCCCGAGCUCGUCCAGCCCGAGAAUUGGGCGCGCAUCAAGUCGUGGAGCGGCAAGACGCCCGUCUUCCUGUUCCACGACGGCGGCGGCACCACCUUUGCCUACCACUGCCUGGAGCCGCUGAAGCGCUUCGUCUACGGCGUGCGCAACCCGCACUUUUACAGCGGCAAGCGCUUCGAGGGCGGCGUGCCGGAAAUGGCCGCGCAGUACAUCGCCUGGGUCAAGGCCGCCGUCGCCGCCGACACGUUUCCCGCCAAGCGCGCCGGCAGCCUGGCGCCCGUCGACAUCCUCAUUGGCGGCUGGAGUCUCGGCGGCAUGACGAGCCUCGAGGUGGCGCGGCAGCUCUACGGCGACAAGGACGUGCGCGUCAAGGGCAUACUCAUGAUUGACAGCGCGUACCCGGCGCUGGUGGCGGAGCGUCGCCAGCAGGUCGUGUCGAUGGAGGAAGGGGAGGACGGGGAGGAGGAUCUGGAGGCACGGGCGCGGGAGGAGGAGGCGGGCAAGACAAAGAAUCAGGUGCUGUCGAUGCGCGCGAUGCGCGAGGCGCGCCGCAUGAUUGCGCGGUGGGAGCUGCCGCGGUGGGAGGGCGCGCGCCGGCCGCCGGCGAUUCUGAUUCGCGCCCGGGACAGCCUCUACGCGCGCGACUGGACGGCGACGAUUGACACGGACCGCGCGGAGCGGAUGCUCGGGUGGGAGCGCUACGACAAGGACAUGUUUGUCGACGUGCUCGACGUCGACGGCCACCACUUCAACAUGUUUGAUCAUUCGCGCAUUCCAGGCAUCACGGCCGCCAUUGCAAAGGCGCUGACGAGGCUGGAUCCGCCGCCGCCGACGCCCGCCGACGAGGGCUCGGAUGCGUGGAGCAUGGCUCACGCUGGAUUUUAA